AUGGCGGCCAAGUCGGACGGCGGCGGCGGCUGCGGCGGCGGGGUGGGCUUCUCGCAGCUGCACAACCUGGACGACCCCCCUCGGCGCCACCACCACCUGCCCCCGCAAGCCCAGCACCACCUGCACGCGGCCGCCCACCACCACCACCACCACCACUCGGGCCUCCCGCUGCGGGGCUCGGGCCGGGGCUGCUGCGGGGGUGGCGCGGGCCCCGAGGAGGACGACGAGGACGAGCCCGGCGGGAGCAGCUCGGUGCACAUCUGCCACUGCUGCAACACCUCCUCCUGCUACUGGGGCUGCCGGAGCGCCUGCCUGCGCCACCUCCUGGGCCGGGCCUCGGGGGCGCCCCCCCGCCGAGGAGGAGCCGCCGCCGACCCCCCGGGGGGCCCCUCCGGAGAGCCCUCCUCGCCCUCGCCGCAGGGACAGCCCCCGCCCCGGGCCUGGCUCGACUGCCUCUGGAUCGUCCUGGCCCUCCUCGUCCUCCUCGGAGACGUGGGCACCGACCUCUGGCUGGCGCUCCACCACUACGGCCGGCAGGACUACCUCUUCUGCGGCCUCACGCUCGCCUUCGUGCUCCUGCCCUCCGUCCUGGUCCAGAUCCUCAGCUUCCGAUGGUUCGUGCAGGACUACACCGGCGGCGGGCUGGGCGCCGUGCAGGGCCUCACCAGCCGCGGCCCCCCCAUGAUGGGCUCCGUCGGCAGGAGGGCCACCCGCGCCGGGGGAGGCGUCGGCACCCCCGCCGCCGCACACGCCGCCUCCCAGCGCCUCUGCCGCCUCUCCGUCUGGAUCUGGCAGUCCGUCAUCCACCUGCUGCAGAUGGGACAGGUCUGGAGGUAUAUCCGAACAAUGUACCUGGGGAUCCAAAGCCAGAGACAAAAGGAACACCAGCGGCGCUUUUAUUGGGCUAUGAUGUACGAGUAUGCAGACGUCAACAUGCUGCGCCUCCUGGAGACUUUCCUCGAGAGCGCCCCUCAAUUGGUGCUACAGCUCUGCAUAAUGAUCCAAAAGAACCGAGCAGAAACCUUACCAUGUUUGUCCUCUAUGGCCUCCCUGAUGUCCCUGGCUUGGGUGCUAGCCUCCUAUCACAAGCUUCUUCGGGACUCUAGGGAUGACAAGAAGAGCAUGAGCUACAGAGGGGCCCUUAUCCAUCUCUUCUGGCGCCUCUUCACCAUCUCAUCCAGAGUUAUCUCUUUUGCCCUCUUUGCUUCCAUCUUCCAGCUCUAUUUUGGGAUCUUUGUCGUGGUCCACUGGUGCGCAAUGGCCUUCUGGAUCAUCCAUGGUGGAACAGACUUCUGCAUGUCUAAAUGGGAGGAGAUUCUCUUCAACAUGGUGGUAGGGAUCGUGUACAUUUUUUGCUGGUUUAAUGUCAAGGAAGGGCGGACCCGAUACCGAAUGUUUGCCUAUUACACCGUAGUCUUGACAGAGAAUGCGGCCUUGACGCUCCUUUGGUAUUGUUACCGAGAUCCCGACACCACUGACUCGUACGCUGUGCCAGCACUUUGUUGUGUCUUUCUUAGCUUCGCCGCCGGGAUCGCGUUGAUGCUCUUGUAUUACGGCGUCCUCCAUCCCAUGGGGCCGAGAGCUAAGAUUUUUGCCAGCUCCUGUUGCGCCGAGUUGCUCUGGGGCAUUCCUUUGCCCCCUGACAUUGAACCCAUGGCUCCGCAGACCCCUGGGUACAGGGCGGCCCAGGCUACGCCAACCAGAGCGGCCACGGAGCAACAGGAGGAACCUACAGCCGACACUUGCUUGCCAGUUUUCCAAGUGAGAGCAAUGGUGCCAUCGACUCCGUCCGGGAGACCCUACCACCCCGAAGGCCCUCUCAUUAAGAUAGACAUCCCACGAAAGAGGUACCCGGCUUGGGACGCCCAUUUUGUAGACAGGAGGCUGAGAAGGACUAUAAACAUUCUCCAGUACGUCACCCCCACCGCUGUAGGAAUUAGGUACAGAGACGGACCUCUCUUGUAUGAAUUGCUACAGUAUGAAUCUUCACUUUAAAAGCUCCUUUAAACACAGAUUCCACACAUGUACACACACACACAUAUACACACACACACACGCAUACACUGUCACAGACAAACAAACAGAAAUUAAAGGAGGGAAUUUGGGGGUGGGAAGGGUUGGGUUAAUUGUUUACGGUCAACACAGCUCAUGAAACUUACCUUCCAAUAAGUUUUCUUUCUGGUUGCAGUAUGUCUUUCCAAAAAACAAACAAAAAUAAUAAUAAUAAUAAUAAUAACGAUACUCAUAAUAAGAGAGAGAUCCUCUAUGUUUUGUAAAGUAAAAACAAAAAGAAAAACUUUUCUUUUGUUUUUUACGCACAGGAGAAAAAACAACAACACAAACCAACCAGUAUUUCAAAACUUCCACACUUUAGAGGCCGGGGAAAACGCGAACGCCUCCGCCUCUGAGUUUUAUACCUUACACCAAGUGUAGGACAUUAUCAUAGGGAUUGGUGCUGAUUGAAAAUAAUAAUAAUACUACUACUAAUAAUAAAAAAAAUAAAACAAACAAACAAAAAAACCUACAACUGCCUUAUGCCCUUAGGUGCUGAGUUUCAUUAUGUACUGUCACCUCCCUCAUGCAAAACUCUGAUGAUUUUAAGGACAGAGAUAGAUAUAUAGAUAUAUGUAUGUAUAUUUCAAAGGUGUAUAUAUAUAUACACACACGGGCGUGUGUAUAGAUAUAUGUAUAUAAUCUAUUCUAAAAAAUAUGAAACUAGACAGAAAAAAAAUAUCAGAUGAAAAGAAUAUAUAAAGGAUUUUUAUUCAAUUGGCACAAAAUGGCCAACAUGAUUAUCCCUCCGGCUAAGCAAAUGACCAAGUUAUGCUUGAAGAGGGAUGAUCCAGGCUGUAUUAUAAUUUGGCACAGAGCUUAUUUUAAUAGUACAUAUUUAAAUUCUGUUUGCUCAGGCCAGUCUGAACUAUGUUUGUCACGUCACGACUGCAUCCCUGAUGUGGAAGGGGGAAAACGGGGGUGAUUCUUUAUGAUUCACUGUACUUAGCUUGAAUCUCAGGGUGUAAUCCUUUUUUCUUUCCAAGCCAAUGAAAAGCCAGCUUUUGAUGGGCACUUUCCCAAAACCAUGCAAUUUGCAUGCUAUUGGCAUAUACUUUCUGGUGGAUUUGUUACCCCAUUCAUUCAAAAAAAAUUAUCAUGUCAGAAACAGCUUGGGAAUACAUUAGAGUCUCGCUUAUCCAACAUAAACAGGCCAGCAGAGCGUUGGAUAAGCGAAAAUGUUGGAUAAUAAGGAGGGAUUAAGAAAAAGCCUAUUAAACGUCAAAUUAUGUUAUGAUUUUACAAAUUAAGCACCAAAUUGACAGAAAAAGCAGUUCAGUACAUGGUAACAUUAUGUAGUAAUUACUGUAUUUACUAAUUUAGCACCAAAACAUUGCAAUGUAUUGAAAGAGCUGUGAAUUCAGGCAGGAGGUAGGACUGUGUUGUAUAAUGCAGAAUGUUGGAUGAGUGAAGGUUGGAUAAGUGAGACUCUACUGUAUACUACAAGUCACUUCUGGUGUGAGAAAAUUGUAUACUACAAGUCACUUCUGGUGUGAGAAAAUUGGCCGUCUGCAAGGACGUUGCCCAGGGGAUGCCUGGAUGUGUUACCAUCCUAUGGGAGGCUUUUCUUAUGACAGACAGGAGCUCACCCUGUCUUGUGGAUUUGAACCGCCAACCUUCAGGUCUUCAGGUCAGCAGUUCAUUUGGCACAAGGGUUUAACCCAAUGCGCUGCUGAGGCAAACUCACUCAUGUACUCCAACAAUUCAGUGAGUAAGAUCUCUUCCAUCCAUUUCAUAGAAUGGGAAAUCUAUUGAAGACAUUGUUGAAAUUGGGGUGGUGCCCAUCUCUGAGCGCAAGUUAUUUCAUUGGCUUUUUUUUCCCCUUGCAAUUGAUAUUGGGAAUCAAGAAACGUCAGAAUUUUAAAAGAAACUUGUCUGGAUUUCUGGAAGUCGAUUUCAGACAGCCUUCGACUCUGAAACAAAAUACCAAAAAACAAAAACAAGAGCUUAAAAUAUUUCUUAUCUCUCUCUUUUUUUUUUAAGAUCCAUAAUUGCCCUUCCCUCCCUAACAACCAUUCUCAGUCUUAAUAAAACUCAGCAUAGUAGCAAAAAGAAAGUUGAUUUAAAGGCACAGUUCUUAAAGCUUUGGCUGGUAACCUGCAGGCGUCCUUUUUAAGGCUGUUUUUAAACAAAGGGAAAACGCAGAUUGGAACCUGUUGAGGAUGCAUUUCGUUUCUGUAAGGGCCUUAAAGUGAUCUUAAGAGCGUUCCAUGAUUUGUGCAUGUUUUUUUCUGCUUUCUAAUGAAAACAAAAAGGAAAACAACCAUGGAAAGUGGAGAAUUGAGGCGUUUUGGGGUGAAAAUUUGGUGCUUACUCUUUCUAUUGUUUAUUGUUGUGAUGGUUUAGCCAAGAAUUGUUCGACUUUGUUCAUUGCGUUUCCUUUCUCCUCCUGGGGAGCUGCAGACACGGACGGGUUUCAGUGGUACGGAAACGGAAAAGAAACGGCGCACCCAAACGACCCCAACGUCAACACUUCCGUCUCGGCUUGCUGGGAAAUCCUUUUUUUAAA